UGCGAAUAGGAACAGGACACGAAAUACAAGCAGACUGGCGAUGGGAAAGGUGACCAUACAUGUCGAAAAUGCGCAGUUCUGACUCUGGCUUACACUUUGCCAUCCGGGUCAGAGUCUCUUGUCCAGUCCUUUGAAUGCCAAUGCAGACAGUCGCAGUUCCUCUUUCUCCCUCAUGCCAAUAUCACUCCUACAAAGGAGGCUCGCGAGUGAUUACGAGCUCAAUGAUGCGUGUAGAACCGUUGAGUCCCAAGGUGUUUCGACCAUGUUUUAUACCUUGAUCCAGAAGACCCUCCACAGCGUUUCUGGUGGUGUUAGCCUCCGAAUACGGCUUUCGGCGAGAAACUUGUGCUUGAUAUCAUCAAUCAAUCCAUAAAAGACUGUCCCAAUCAGAAUCACGGC